ACUUCAUAUAUAUUCGAAACAUAAAACAAUUUUCUGUUGUUGUCCCUAACACAAAACACAGCAAAAUCUCAGUUGAAAGUCGAGAAUACUUUUUUCCAUCACAUCUACAGUUAGCUAUGGCUAGAGUACCAUAUACCUGGCGCCAGCCGCCGUAUCCUGGCGAUGAGAGCGACAAGCGCUGGAUAGAUCCCAGCAUGAUCAUUUUGUGCCAGGAUGGGGAUAUUGAUACCGCAAUUGGACCACUUUUGCGUACACUGUAUGAGCCAAUCGGCAAGGGACUAAUUGGCGCCGUCUUUGUGCACGAGACAAUGCGGGAGCAGUUGAUAGACAAGGUGCGCGAGAGGAUGACUGUGAUGCAUCGUCAGGUGAAGAGCCACGCUCUCUAUGCCAGGGCGCUGCGACGCGCAAAAUGCCUGGGUGCCGAGCUGGUGUCCAUGAUGCAGCCGGACGACAUUGGCUUCCAAUACAGUAUGGUCGAGGGCUCACCGAUACUCGUGUGCGACUUUAAUCAAAGCUUCUUCAGCGUUAACCAUCCCAGCACCGUGGUUACCCUGCAUACAUUUCGCCACAGCCAGGAGCUGGGCGAACUGGCUGCCAAGGAGCAGCUGCCAUUUGUCAGCGCUGCCAUCUGGUGCCCCAAAAUGGCGGCCGCCUACGAGGUGGCCCUGUUUAUGAACGUGCCCACCGUCUACAUCAACUGCGAGGGCGUCAGUCUGAUUCCCAUAGCUGAAAAGCAUCAGGCCCAGCAGCCAUAUGCGCUGCUCAUUGCCAAUCAUCAUUAUGAGGUGGUGGUGCAACAAAGUCACGCCAAGACCAUUGUGUUUCCGGCGCCGGUUGACCUGCACCCAAAAUCGUAGCAGAUCAGCCCAACGAAAGGCUCAUCGGACCCAUCAGCCAGGAUGCUCUACAUCAGUGACUUUCUUUUUGAUCUGUCCCGUCUUAUAUAUCUUAAGGGUUCUUUAUAAGCAUAUGAAUGCAAUACACUCAUUGACAAAACAA